CCCUUCUCUCUCAGGUUAGAUAUGUUUACUCUUCAGGUUUGUGUUUUUAGAUGAAGCUCAGAGAAUUAGGGUUGGGGAUUUAUAUGGUUUAGGGUUCAGAACGGAUAUUUAUUUAGGAAUCGCUUGCUGGGUAUCUUUCUUUAUGUGAAUCCUGAAUGAAUGAAUGAAUGAAUGAGUUGAUCACAAUUGCAAAUGGUGGUGUUAUUGUUGUUGGUUUGCUUGGGUUGUAGAUGGAAAAGGCAGGGGAGGAGGCAGGGGAAAGCAAGAAGAACAGAGGAGGUCCCUGUUGCUGUAUGAUUAAUGAUGCUGGGGAGUAUUUGUUGACUGAGAUUCUGGUGCGUCUGCCACUGGAUCAGAUCUUCCGAUGCAAAUCCGUCUGCAAGCACUGGCUGUCUGUAGUCGAAAACCCUCUGUUUGCAGCUUACUACACAAGCAAGGAGAAGAAGCAGAGUGAGAAGGAGAAGAAGAAGAAGAAGAAGAAGAGUGAUGGAGUCAGUUACAGUGUCAAAGCUCAUCCCCACCAAAGAACACCAAUCCUGAUUCCCGUUAACGAAGACCAUGGCGAGCGGGUGAGGGAGAAGCUCAAAUUCUCACUCGAUUUCGUUCCGGACUUUGCACAACUGCACGGAGAUACUAAGUUUUAUGAUCUUCUCAAUCUAGCAGCUGAGCACCAGAAGAAGGUGAAGAAUAGCUGGGCAUGGGGUGUCCCGAAUUACUACACGUUCAGGGAAUUGAUCUUAGGUUCAUCCAAUGGCUUACUCCUGUGCGCCCCACUCCUGAGCGCGACGACGAAAGGCCCUACAGGCAUUAUGUUUGAUGGUUUCGCACCCAUUUAUGUGGUCUGCAACCCUCACACCAAGCAGUGGCUUCAAGUCCCGCCUCCUUUCACCUCCCCGGUUUUCUCCCACGAGAUUGCCCAUGUCGGCUUUGUCUCCGAUUUCGAUUCCCAUGGCGUUUGUUGGUUCAAGAUCGUGCGCUUCCCCCUCAACUUCGAUUUUCAAGGCAGACGCUCCCUCGACCUGCAAGUCUUCUCGUCCCAAUCCUGGAAGUGGAUGGCCGUGAAGGUAUCGUCUCUCCCACAGCCAUUUGGGCCGGACACGAAAAUGCAGACUAUCGUUGCAGUCACGUUGAAAAAGAAUGGCGACAAUUCCACCCCUCGUUUGUGCUGGAUGUUCAAGGGGUCCCAAGCGAUCGUAUACGAUCCCAUCAACAAUGUCGUUGAUGUUGUGAUUAAGGUCAUACGGCCUUCGAAUUUGGGAACUGUUCAGGACGUGGUCUUUGAUGGGAUGUGCGUCAGUAAGGGCCAGUUGUGGGCAGGAAAGCUCUUUGAUGGAAAGAAGCUGAAGAUCUAUAGGGCUUCAGGGAAUGAAUGGGAGAUGGUGAAGGAGUUUGAUAUGAAGAGUGUUAAGAACAACCGCGAUCGCGAUCAUCACAUUCAACAACAGAUUAGAAGAAUCUCGUUCAGAGCCUUCGUGACUAUGAACCCAGAUGAUCCAGAACAGGUGUACCUCAGGUAUAACAAGUCGUUGGCCCUACUGGAUAUGAGAUGUAAGACCUACAAGGUCGUCGGAGCUUUGGACAUGGACAAGGACAUCACUGUUAGAGCUUUGAACCGCAAGCUCGAACAAUCGGCAAUCAUAUGUGACAACCCACUUUGGCCGACUCCACUCCCUUCUCCUUUCCCAUCUUCUUCUUCUUCUUAGUGGCUUUGAUUUGCUUUGCAUAAUAUAUUACAAAAUGAACUGGCUAUUAUCUCUAGAGUUGCUCAUCAGAAGCGUAGUUGAAUUUUUCUUAUCCUAUGUAUUCCCUAGUUGAGAACAGAGAAAUUUUCUUCUUCUUCUUCUUCGCAAUGGGAUUUACUUGUUGCAAAAUAUAGAAGUUUUUGUUUAUAUCUCAUUUCUCCAAGAUUAUUAGUGAUCUGAAAACACUUGGCUGAAAGGAGUUCAAAUUCCGUAGAAAGGAGCAAUAUGAGAGACCAAGAGGAGCUGAGUAAGAAUUUAGAGAGGAAAACGGGGAAUGAACCCAUUUGGAUUCC